CUUCGCAAAGAGCAUGGGAAUCUCGCGCAUUACAUACCCCUAAGUGCCCAAGUGCUAUCGUCUUAAAGAGAGUCAAGGUGAGGAUUAUUUAUUUAAAGCCUGGCAGUGGUUCAACCGCGGCUUAAUGACUUACCAGAAGAGCGAGUCCUUCCUAGUGCACCGGCGGAAUGCAACGAGUCUUCGACUUUAAUCCAGUUGCAAUGUAUACCUUCGACAAUCCUUGAGGAUUCUAAAAGGGAGCCUGAGAAAAAUCAACGGAGGCAAGGAAUAAUCGCAAAGUGUGCCGCGAGAAGAAUUGCAGAGACUGAAAGAUCGAUAACUGAUAAAGAGGAAUUAUGACGAGACUUUCGGGCGAAUUUUUGGAAAAUUUUCCAGGCUUCGGAAAGGAAGACGAGUAAUGAUGUAUGAAGCUCCACGGGAAAUUCAGAAGAGAAGACAUCGACGCCUUCGGCUUUUUCCGCGUGCGGAAUUUCGUCAAUGGAAGAAUUUCAAGGCGAAUAUAGUGCGGAAAUGCGUUCCUCGAGUUCCCUCUCGAUUAUUUUGCAAAACUGCCGUUAUCACAACGAAGUUGGAGUAAAAUGGGAGGAAGGAGCGUGAAUUAACGGCGUUUCGUUAAUGCUCGACUCGAGAGAGAGAGCUGCGAAAAUCCGGAAAAUUCGUCGAGAAAAUUCUAAGGAAAAUUAUUCCCAAUCGUGGGUGGAUGAAAAAUCCCUCCUCGGUCGUCAAAAGUCAAAAACUCCAGUCGAAUCUCGUAACAAAGGUGAUCGAUAUCGAUUUGGACACGGCCAAAAUACAUCCCACUUGAUUAUCGAAAUUCGGUGCGCAGUUUGGUGUCCCUAAUUUUUAUCGAAUGAAAGGAUAAAUCCGACAUCCAAAAUUCCCCGCAGCGACAGUGGACAUAAUCGAGGUGGAUUAAAAUAAAAUCGAACUGGCGAUUAUCCCCAAAAGUGAGGGAAUAAUUCGAGGACUAAAUCGGGGGUGUUAAUUCCCCUCCCUGAAACUAUACGAAACUCCGGAUAAAACAAUAAAAAUACCCAAUGAGGAUAUUCCGCGACUCGUCUAUAAAAUCUAGAAAAUUCUCCCACCAAUAAGAUGCGUGGAAUACUUUCCGAAAAAGUGGGAGAUAAUUUAAACCUUCGAAUUUUCUGCUAUCAAAGUGACUCGGAUCGAUCUCGCGAAGUGGUCGGGCGCUUGGAAGGGGUGGCAAAAUUUUCGAAAUUUUCAGUCGUCAAGAGAAGCGCGUAAUUUCGGAGCUUGAGACAUUGGGGAAGACACGAGGAAGGGGACAGAGCAAGUUUCGGAGACAGAGUAGGAAGUCUAUGCGGCGAGGGUGAAACAGACUCGAUUUAAAAGUCGACGUCUCUCGGAGUGCAAGCUCUCGGGGGAGGAAGAAAGCUCCAGGGUAAAAGUUGGGCCGAGUUCCUCGUAUCGCUUUGGCGAUGAGCUUUGCGAGCCGAGGAGUUUCUCGCUCCAGGAGGCCCGAGGGUCGACGAGGAGGCGAAUAUGAGGACUUUUCGGAAAGGGUGAAAAUGGAGAAGCUCGAGCUGCCAGCUUGAGGGUGGAGUCACUCUUCCACGGCCGAAAUAAGCGACCAAUUUCGAGCGACUAUGUAAGUAUCCGUGUCGGGAUGGGGCUGUGCGCCCCCGGCACGGAACUCGAGGAUUCGAGGGAGCUUCCGACUCUCGAGCUUGACAAAUCUCAAAAAAGCUCGUGGAGAAACCGAGGAGUCACCAGCGUCGAUAUUAUGGCGAUUAAUUGGCCAUCGAUCACUCGACGUUAAACCGAUUUCGGACGAACUUCGAACUUCGAAAGCUCUCCCUGGAAAGCCUUCCAGUCGAUGGACGAGGCCCCAAGCACUCGCUAAUAGCCGAGUGCAUAAAUCAGGCGCAAAUCGAGCGUGCACCGUGCAAGUACAAGUGCAAGCGGUGUCCACGAUAACGCCCUACCCGGCUGGUGAUCCGAGUACCAGGGUGUACAGAGGGGCGUAAAUCAAGUAAUUUCGCGCAUACAUCUCGAGCUCGGCAUCCGAACAGGACAUCUACGCCCUGAAGAAGCUCCGAAAGUCCCAGAAAACGAGCCCAGAACUCUUUCAAGGAUUCUUUCGAGACAUUCGACAAGUACUCCGUUAGGAAAAAAGAAAAAGUCAGAAGCUUUCACGGAGCCGAAAGCUCGGGUAGGUUUUUACAGGGUGCAACGAAAGUGCAGCGGGAUGCAGUCCCUCGAGGAGCUCUUCUACUCCACGCCGUACCCCAUGAACUACUCCUCGACAUGGUUCGAGAACCUGACCUAUCGCAACGACACAAACCAGACCGACCUGCAGAUGAGCAACAAGUUCAUCCUCCCCUGGUGGCGGCAGAUGAUCUGGACCGUGCUCUUCGCAGGGAUGAUCGUCGUCGCCACGGGAGGCAACCUCAUCGUCAUCUGGAUCGUCCUGGCCCACAAAAGGAUGCGAACCGUCACCAACUAUUUCCUGGUGAACCUCAGCAUAGCCGACGCCAUGGUCUCGACGCUCAACGUCACCUUCAACUACACCUACAUGCUCAACAGCCACUGGCCCUUCGGCAACCUUUAUUGCAAGGUGAACCAAUUCAUCGCCGUUAUCACCAUCUGUGCCAGCGUCUUCACCCUGAUGGCCAUCUCCAUCGACAGGUACAUGGCGAUCAUGAACCCCCUGAAACCGCGGAUGGGGAAGAGGGCGACGCUCUGCAUCGCGGUGGCGAUUUGGGUGGUGGGUGCAAUCCUCUCGUUACCGAUGUUGCUCUUCUACAAGACGUUCACCCAAAACUUUGUCAAUGGAGAGGUCCGAGUGAUCUGCUACAGCGAUUGGCCGAACAAGAGCGACGACGGCCUCAGCUACGACGAGUAUCUGUACAACGUGAUAUUCAUGAUACUGACGUACUUCUUGCCAAUCGGGUCCAUGACGUUCACGUAUGCAAGAGUCGGCCUCGAGCUUUGGGGCUCUCAGAGCAUCGGCGAAGCGACGCAGAGACAACUCGACAACAUCCGCAGUAAACGGCGGGUGGUCAAGAUGAUGAUCGUGGUGGUGGUGAUUUUCGCGGUAUGUUGGCUACCCUUUCACGUGUACUUCAUCGUGACGUCGUACCUGCCGGAAAUCACGAACGAGCCCUACAUCCAAGAGCUCUACCUGGCCAUCUAUUGGCUAGCCAUGUCGAACAGUAUGUACAACCCCAUCAUCUACUGCUGGAUGAAUUCUAGAUUCCGGCGGGGUUUCGCCCAGUUCUUCUCAUGGUGCCCAUGCGUGCGAGUGACCCCAGAGCCCUCGCUCUCUCGUUCGGAGGCUGUGACAUCUCGCUACAGCUGUACGGGGAGUCCCGAGGCCCACAGCAGGAUAUCUCGGAACGGCACGGUGCGGAUACCACUGCACCUGCAGUCGGCCCAUGGAGGGAACGGGAGAUUCCCGGUGCACCCCAGAGGACACGGAAGGAGGUGGAGGACCUCCCAAAGCCGAGGGCACGUUUCCUGACAGGAGGAAGACGUCGGCCAGCAGCAGCGAGUUCACACCUGGAUAUGAGAAUAUCCUAUUGGGAUCCUACUUCCGGUAGGAUCCGAAACAGCCCCGAAGAAAUGGGGACCAGCACCUCGAGGAGACCUCAGAAGGUGGAGGAGGAGGAACCGCGUAUCUGGGAAGGACGACCAGAAAAGUCGUAAAAGGGAGGAAGGACUCAAGGAAUCCUGCGUGUCCUCGGGGGAAACGAGAGGAAAAACCGCGUUUCACUCGGCUUUAGAGCCUUAGCACGCGUUCUCACGAUAAACUACCCUCACAUUCCCCCUUCCGCGGGAAAGAGGAAAGACAAAAGAAAGAGAGGACAUCUGUAAGAGCAUACAAAGACUAACGGACCAAUGAUCUACGUACAGUUUCUUCUUCUUUUUUCUUUUUAUCCUUAGCCUCGACUCUAGUCUUUUCUAAAUCAAUUCGAGGGUCGGUGUUAGACUACGAAGCUGGGCUUAAUUUAUUCCCGCAAAGUAUCUCGGUGUGCGUGAGUAAGUGCGUGCGUAUACGUGGGUACUCUUGGUGCAAUGUAAGUUUGAAACGCGAUCGACAUGUUCCUAAUUGGCAUCGCCUCAUGAAAUUCGCUCCAUUAAGAGGAUAUCGGAGUUGAUGAGGACGAAAUAUCGAUACCGUGUUAAAUGUCGAGCACUUGAAAGCUGAGAUUGACAACGCGAUUACAUUAUUUACAUUAUUUAGGAUUAUGCAUUACAAGGGGAAAUUAGUGUACAAAUCAUGGUCGGUCGCGACUGAUUAGGAUGUGUCGUUACGAAGCGCGGUGUACGUAAAGAAUAUCAACGAGACAUGUUACAGUAUCGUAAAGCUCUUUCGGGAAUUAUCGGGGGAACUUCCGAUUUAAACGUGCGUUCAAUAUUUGGGAGAAGAAAAAGGAAAGAUACCUCGUAUGGCGGAAAAUCGAAACACCUUGUGGAUUGUAAUUAUUUUCCGGAUUUCCCUGAAACGUGUUUCCUUAAUGGCAGUAAAAACUGAUAGAUCUGAGCCUUAUCAUUUUUAUAGUUACUUUGUACUAUCCUUGGUUGCGGUUUAAAUUAAAGGAUCUGCACCGAAGAUACCCCGGAACGUGAAAUAAAAAAUUGUUCACGGCGUGUUUGUCAUUUCGACCGUAGAGCAUUCUUAGGAAAAUAAAGUCGCAAGGACCAGCCGAGGCGUUUACACGGGAAAUAGGUUUAACAGUUGGACAUCCUAUAAACCUGUAAAGUUCCGACUGUAAACCCCCGGAACGGAGUCGGUUUAAAAACACGCGUUAAAAGAAAAUUCCAACGAAUUCUCGAUAAAAUGUACAAGGUGAAACAAAGUUCCAGCCGUAGUUAAAAUUACGACGGUCGUGAAGUGCACGGCAAGCCGAAUCCCCGUAAAUUCUAUGCAAUUGUCACAAGCAAGGAUCCAUUACAACGAUACCUCGACAAAGAAAAGAUUCCUCGAAUAUAUAUAUAUAUACAUAUAUCUCCCGCGUAUAGUAAGUUAUUACCUACUCGGAUAACAAUUGCACUCCCUUACCGCAUAACUGUAUAAUUUCUCGCAGACGUUUUAUCGAAAAUUCUCAAGGAUUAAUUUUAACAAAGGAUCUUGACGCGCGUCAACAAUGGGCGCAUUUGGUACAGGUUUCAGUACGUAUUUUCCGGCUACUAUCGUGAAGCAAAAAUACUCUGGGAAAACCAAACGCUUUUAAGGAAUAAUAUAUUAUUGUAUAGACUUGCUGUUAUAUAACAAGUAGUCAUUGUAAUUAUGGUUAAAACGUAAGAUGGGCGGUAAAUAUCCUUGCAUGCAGAUGUACGGGCAUGUAGACAUUUAAGAUCUGGUCGACCACGCAAAGGGGACUCGCGGUUCAGGUGUGUCUAAAUGUGGCAACUUGCUGUUGAUAUCGUGUGCGGUGACUUCAUGUAAAUCUACGGGGUUAGGUAGAUACCGAGUCUUUUUCACCGAAUACUUGGAUAUCCUAAUUUUCCAGGAUUUUUAAGCAAACCGUAGUGCUGUUUCUUGGCCCUUAUCCAGGGAUGGUUGCGUUGCCAUGUUUCGUUGCACCCUAGGUAGGCGUAAACGCAAAGUGUAAUUUUGUACAGAAAAUAUCUUUUAGACACAGAGACUGGGUGACGCGCGAGAAACACUGUACAGUUUUCCCGGUCUUUCCUAAAUAAUCCUUUUAUUAUGACGAGUCAUCUCGCGAAUCGUGCUGGCAAAACGCGCAUCGGAAUCCAUUGUAAGAAUCACAGACGGGGAUGAAAUUUCGGCCGAUUUUCGAGCGUGCAUUGAACAAUCACCCGAAGGGUAAUAAGAUAAUUGUGCGUUAACAGAAAAGUACAUUAACUCAUACGUCGUUAAUCGGUAUGAACACUUCCGUCGCUAAUUCAAAAUCAAGCCGACAAAUCGAAACAUUUCAUUUAGUACAAAUUCGAUUUCAUGUGUGAUCGAGUGGAUAUAUUUUUUACGAACCGGUUAUCAUAUAUUCUCGCGAUUAUUACGAAUAUUUUCGAAAGUUGACCGAAAUGUAAUCCCCGCGUAUUAGCAUCUUAAGAUAGGACUGUAAAACGAUAAGGUGUAGAUAUCGUAUCACGAUUGCUGUAGCGUAGAUCCGCCAAGCGAAAUAAUACAAAGCAAAAAUCGAGAAUAACAUCCUUAAGUCUACAAUUGUUGUAAACGAGAUACGGAGAAGUAUUCUUACAGCUACGAAAUUGGCAAAGAUCGCCAAGGUAGUCGUAUGAUUCCACCGUGAUCGUUACUUUCACUGUUCCAACGACACGUACGAGCAGAUCGUCGGUAAUCUCGAGGAAUAAACUGUCCUGCGUUCCUUUUUGUAUUCCUUCUUGCACACGACAGAGAGCAAACUCACUGUGUCCAAUAUGCGCUUACAUUAUCACGGAAUGGUUCCAUACUUUGUAAUCAAAGUCGCAUAUUCAGCUAUGACUGUAUCCUGGAUGAUGCAUCAAUAAAAAUGUCUUAUUUUUUAAAGCCUCUCUCCAUUGCCAUCGGAAGACCAUCAAGAAACUGGUAGCAUUCAGCGAUGUAA